CAAGGGAAGGAAAACAAACAAUUCUAGCUAAGGUUGUGGCAUUGCAAGUCACAGUCAUCGAUCUUUUACCAUGGAGAUGGGCCCUCGUUUAAUUGCCACGGCAGUUUUUGUCGUCAUCUUGUGUUCCAUGAUCGUCGUUCCUUGUUCGGCGGAUGAGGUGAACAACCCGGGGAAUGGGUUGCAUGUUGGAUUCUACGAUCGGAAAUGUCCCAAUUUGGAGCAAAUUGUAACUGACGUUGUGGCCAAGGCUGUAGAGAGGGACCAAAAGCUUCCUGCUGGCCUCAUUCGCCUCUUCUUCCACGACUGCUUUGUGAAGGGAUGCGAUGCAUCAAUUCUGCUGGAUGCCACGCCCUCUGACGAGCCCGUAGAGAUGCAAUCACCGGCCAGCGGUGGAAUUCGAGGUAUCGAAGUCAUUGAAGAGAUCAAGGCUAGGCUAGAGCAGGAAUGCCCGGAAACCGUCUCCUGCGCCGACAUACUAGCCUUUGCCACUCGGGAAGCUGUGGCUCUCUCCGGUUUACCCCGUCACCAAGUCCCCGCCGGACGCCGCGACAGCCGCACUUCCCGUGCCUCCGAUGUCAUUCUUCCUUCUCCCGCAACACCAAUGGACGAGAUCAUAGACUUCUUCUCCAGAAGAAACUUGACCCCCGAGGAAAUGGUCGUCUUGUUUGGCGCGCACUCCAUCGGGGCGGUCCACUGCAACUUCUUCGAUUACAGGCUGUACAAUUUCGCACCAGGCAUGCCACAAGACCCUUCACUAAACCCAGUGUUUGCGGCUGAGCUGGCUCAAAAGUGCCCUGCACCCAACACAUUGCCAGCUGAGGAGGCUAAAAACAGGGUUGUCGACUUAGAUGCCACACCGCUUGUCCUGGACAAUCACUAUUACACGAACCUGAUGCAAGGGAGAGCAUUGAUGCAAUUGGAUCAGGCUCUGGGGACCGAUCCUCGCACCGGCGCGGAGGUGGCGAAACUGGCUAUUAGGUCUGAUUCUUGGGCUCGGCAAUUUGUUAGGGCCAUAAUUAAGAUGGGGAGAAUCAAUGUUCUCACUGGAGAUGCAGGAGAGAUAAGAAAGAAUUGUCGGAACUUUAACUAACUCUAACUAACUAAGAUCACAUA